AAUUAAUAGCCGAUUCCUGUCUUGCGAAAGCAACCAAAAUUAAAACUAAAUUUUGCUCUGGUAGCCUAUGUAUAUUUUGCAUUGCAUCGUACAAGGAUGGACCGUGCCUUAACCUUACAGCAGUAAUGUAUUCGAAAAGCAUGAAUGCGGAGUGACCUGUGAAUAGCAAUUUAGAAAAACAAAAUGUGGCUGCCCGGAGGUUGCGCCGCCACUUCUUCGAAAGAUGGAUUUUGUUAUUGUGGCCUACACGUGCAACAGCACAUAAUGUUAUUAGUUAUUACCACUAACUUUUCUUUCCUUGCACUUUGCAGCCAUCGAACUGAAAACAUCGGCACAUGAACCUACUUUAUCGUUGUUGCAGAAGUUUUUUUCGGUUAAAGGUUAAAACGCUUUCUCAUUUUAUCCCGAGUAUCUAAUACUGUAUUUUUACCGAUUUUGGUGAAUUUUGAACUUCAAUUUUCCUACUCUGAUCUGUGCAUUUUUUUUGCGCUGGCAAAACUGAUUACACCUUCCAGUUCAUCGUCUGCAGACUCUGCACCUUCCAGCAUGUGUUGUACCGCAAUUGCAACAUCCAUAUCUUGGAGAUCCGUACCAUUAAUUACGCUUUGCAUCUUAUUCUCCUUAAGUCACAACCUGAGAGUGACAGCGGAGAUAGUGGACAACGAUGCCCAAAAGAUAACAGCUAACAUAAGUCAAGCCUUACCCAAUGUCACACUGAUAUUGCAUCCGCCGGUUAUGGUUCCCGCAAUCAGCCUACCCGAUAGACAGGAGAUUCAGGCCGCCGCGGAAGAUGCUAACAAAAUUCAUGGAAAUAAACUGACUGAAAUUGUGAAAAACGAUACUCUUACAGUGACCCACGCAGUGUUGCAGGCGGUCGAGCACUUAACCAACGUUUCCCAGGAAAACCCGGCAAUGGCUCCGCCCGUCAUACCGGUGGCACCGCAACGCUCCCAAAAUGCUUCCGGUUCGUCGGUAUCCGUCGUCGUCGUUCCGCUAGUUCAGAACGCCUUUGACCUCGUGGAUCAUAACACAUCAACACUUGCACAAGCUGCCGCGGAAAAUCCUUUGGUGAUCAGUUCGAAGAACGGCAGUCACACCACACUUCACGUGGUGGUCAAACGUGAAUCUGCCGACGCUAACGUGCACAACAUCACGUCAGCCACGGAUAAUUCACAUGGACCGCUCAACACUGACGUCGAUCUCAGCGCCAGUGCAGUGCAGUCACUGCCACGGUCACCGGUGCUGAUAAUCGAGAAGAACGCAACCGGACCGCUUUUGGCGAAACCGGCCGAAUUGGUCACACAGAAAGUGGUACCGGAGACUAACGCCUCUACAAAUGUCGAUGCGGUGCCCUUUGCCAAAGUGACCACUAACGCGACGGAGGGAAAUACUACCGGACCAGGUGCACCACUCCUGCUGCCGUCGCUACUGGUACCGGCUCCCGGUCCGGUGAUUCAUCUGGCGCCGCAGCUAGGAUUUCUCCCCUUAAUCAACGCAUCCGAUGUGCCCGCUCAUGUCGCAGAUCAACCACAAACAGCGGCUGUUGACCAUGAGGCGACGACACAAGAAAUGCUAUCAAAUAAUUUUACGGUCGGCUUACCGACGUUGUCGCCAGUACAGAUUGCCAAAGUUGCACAACCCAGUCAGGUCAAUCCACUUCCUGUCGGAACGUUUGCCUUCAUUCCCGACAAGAAUCAGAACAAUGUCUCUCGCACAGAUUUGUUGCUACAUCUGCAGUGAUGCCGUUAUGCUUAUUAUUAUUAUUACCACAAAAGACAUUAUCUUCGCAUUGCAAAAUAUUCAACGAAGAGCAGUUAUCGGAAUUUAUUUUUAGAAUACCGAAAAAUAAAACUACUGAACGAAACAAUAACGGGACAACAAAUUAACGGUUCACGUAGAAAUAUCG